GACGAAGUUGACAGCGCAGUGUGGUAGGACGUAGGACUGAGACAAGGGAUUUUGACUUGCGUGGUGUGAGUGAGGUUUCGGCCUGUUGUGGAACUAGGCAGACAGUUCAUGGAGGUGAGAAUAGGAGGAGACGGCGCUAUGGACCCCAGCCAAACUAUGGUUUGAAGACAGGUGGGCGUGGCGUGCCGCCAUGACAGACCAAAACACUGACAAUGUGUUACAGCAACCGGCUGUAUUUACAGUUCACCAAAUAUUUGUAAAGGAAGUGUAUUGAAGAGGGUCAGAUUAUAACAACACCCUGCCAAUCAGGUGAAAAGUUCUUUGCAGUUGACACAGAAUGUUGCAGCUUUCCCAAUUUACUGAUGACUGUUACCACAUAAUCUUUGGAAUCAAACUCAAGUAGAACUAUAGAUGUUAUGAUGGAACAUCAAAGUAACCAGUGAAGUUGAUUUGGUUUUCCUGGUAGUAGAAAUAAAAAUGAGUUGAGAGACAAUUGGUGAAUUGCUGUGCUACCAGACAAUCAGUAUCAUCUAUACUAUGAAAAAGGUAUUCAGUAAUGAAAUGUCAUUACGAAGUACUAGGAGUGCCAAGGGAUGCAUCCUUCGAGGAGAUAAAGAAGUCUUACAGGACAUUAGCUCUCAAAUGGCAUCCGGACAAGAAUCCUGAUAAUGUGGUGGAAGCAAGGGAAGAGUUCCUGUUAGUGCAGCAAGCUUAUGAAGUUUUAGGUGAUCCUGCAGAGAGAAAGUGGUAUGAUAAGAACAGGGAAUCAAUUUUGAAGGGGGGUAGAGAUGGAGAUUAUAAGGAUGAAAGCCUUGAUGUCUUUCAGUAUUUCACAUCAUCAUGUUUUAAAGGUUACGGUGAUGAUGAAGACGGGUUUUAUUCUGUAUAUCGGAAAGUUUUUGAAAAAAUUGCAGCAGAAGAUACUGAAUCUGUGUCGGAAAGUGAGCUGAACAUACCAACAUUUGGAGAUUCCAACAGCAACUAUGAAGAUGUUGUCCAUCCAUUUUAUGCAUACUGGCAAAGUUACUCAACCAAGAAAUCAUAUGCCUGGCUGAAUGUAUUUGAUACUCGUCAGGCGACAAACAAGCGUGUGUUUCGUGCAAUGGAAAAGGAAAAUAAGAAGGUAAGGGACAAAGCUCGCAAGGCAAGAAAUGAAGAAGUUCAACAGUUAGUAGCAUUUGUUCGAAAGAGAGAUAAACGUGUGAAGGCGCAUGUGGAAUUUCUGAAACAAAAAUCUGAAGAUAAUGCUAGGAAAGCGAAAGAGUAUAGAAUCAAGCAAGUGAAGAACCGUUUCAAAGAAAUGCAAGAACUUGCUGGACCUCUUCAUGAUCUGAGUAUAUCCACAAUGGAGGAACUGAAUGCAAUUGAAGUGGAAGUAGCUGCAAUGUUUGAUGAGCGUCCUGAAGAAGUUGAUGAUGACGACGACGGACUAUACUGUUUUGUUUGCCAAAAACUCUUCAAAUCAGAAAAAUCUUUUGCAAAUCAUGAGAAUUCAAAGAAGCAUAAGGAAAAUUUGGAACUUAUGAAAGAGCAAGGUAUGUUUCCAGAGUCCGAUGAGAAAGGAAGUGUUUAUGAGGAAACUGGAGCUAGUGCAGUGGAUUCUAGCAGCACGAUUUCUGCUGAUCAAACUAGCACAAGUAGUAGUGAUAAUGAUAGUGACAGUGGUGGUAGUGAUGAUGGCAUAGGAAAACAAGCAGAUAAUAGUGACGUGUCAGGAUCCUUUUGUCAGCAGCUCGAAAACACACAAACUGCAGAAGCUACCACUGAUGACUGUGCCAGCAGUUCAGACACUGAAGAUAGUUUAAAAAUCAUCACACACUUGCAUAAAAGUAAGACACAUAGGAAACUACUUGAAGACUAUGAGAGCUCUGAUGAACUAAACAUACACAUUAUGAGACCUAAUACAAAAAAAUCAUACAAGUGUAGAGGAACAGACACCCAGUGUACAAAGGAAAAUGAUGAUAAAACAAAUACAUUAAUAGAAGAUGCUGAUCAGACUUCUGUGAAAUCUUUAGGCUUUGAUGCAGACGAGGAAAGUAUUUCUGGUGAGGUUGCAGCAAAAAAUAGGAAAAAAAGAAGGAAACAGACAAGAAAUACCAAAAAGUCUGUUAAUCAAGUGGAUUUUGUAACUCAGAAAAAUGAAGACUGUAUUAAUUCACAAAAGUCAAAGUGCCUUACUGCUAUAAAUUGUUCUGAUAAAGGUGUAAAUAAAAUUGUUGAACAUGAUCAUAGUAAGAAAAAUGUUGCAGAGAAGCAGUCAAAAAAACAGAAAAAGAAUGUUAAGGUAUUGGGUGUUGACAAAAUAAAUGGUACUGAAUCAACACUGAAAACUGAAAAAAAUAAACAAUUUGAGAGACAGUCCAAAAGAUCUAAGAAGAAAACUGCUUUGGAAGGAUAUAACACAGGACAAAACCGGGAGACUGACGACAUACCAACUGUGAAAUUGAAGACUCUAGAGGAUGGUGGCACGAACAAAUGUUCCAAAAAACGGGCAAAAAAUAAGUGUGUUGUUGAAGAAAGAUACUUUGUGAACCAAAACUGUGAUGUAGGGAGUCCAUCAUGAUUUGAUAAAAUGAGUAUGCUCAUACAGAUAUGACUUUAAGAUAAUUCGUUUCGGAUAAUGGCUGUGUAUAGAUAUAAGUCUUUUGUGCUCAUUGUAUAGAACAGUAUUAAAAGAACAGCUACACAAAAUGUGCUUGUUCCACUCAUUAAUAUUGUAUUUGUUAACUGCUGUGUAUGAAAACAUGGUUUAUAAAAAUAAAUUAUAUUAUCCAUUCAGAUAUCCAAUGAAUAUCAAUUUGCAGUUUACAGGGCUUGUAUUUGAAAAUGU